AAAUGCUGAACUACACCGGCACGAGCUGCAAUUCAUUUUCCAUUGUUUUUUUCGAAUUGCGCAUCAACUGAUCCAACAAAUUCUCCAACAAAGUAUAAAUAAUAAAAACUCAGGCAAUUUCGUUGGAACUAUCAUCAUCAUCAUCUGAAUGCUUCAGUCUCUGGAAUGGCAACCCAUGGCCAUGUGACUUGUCACAUCUGACAGCCAAAAAUCAGCCCUCCAUCCCCUUUCGAGUACAAGCCCCAAAUUCACUCCAUCGAUUAUGGAAUUAAUGCGUAUAUGUUUAAGGAGUAAAUUUACAAGUAGUCUACUAGAUGUUACGAAUAAAGUUUUCAGUGUCCAGAGUGCUAAAUACAUACGAUUGGCGGAGGUUGGAAAAUUGGAAACGCCGAAAUUACAGGGAAAAUAUGAAACCGGCCAGCUGAUUCUUCAUCGGGUGUUUGGGUAUCGUGGAGUUAUUCUUUUUCCCUGGCUUGCCAGGGUUUAUGACAGGGAUCUACCCAAUAGAAAAGAUGGAGACGAUGAAAAUAAUUACAACAGCGUAGGGAAAGAAGUGAAAGGUCGAACACACACAUUUUAUCAGGUCCUGAUCGAUCAAAGGGAUUGUCCAUUCAUAAGAGCACAAACUGAAGCCGUAACUUUCCUCGGUAAUAACGAAAGCAGUAGAAGUCUGUAUGCAAUUCCAGGACUAGAUUACGUAGCACACGAGGAUAUAUUGCCUUAUUCGACAAACGACAAAACAGCGCUACAACACGAGCUCUUCGACAAGUUCCUGACGUUUCACCCUGGGAGAGAACCGCCAUUCGUUGCCCAGGAGACCCUCAGGGCAUGGCAAGAGAAAAAUCAUCCCUGGCUGGAGCUCUCGGACGUUCACAAGGAGACGACAGACAAUAUAAGAGUGACUGUAAUUCCUUUUUACAUGGGCUGCAGGGAAACACAAACUACAUCUGUCUAUUGGUGGCGUUAUUGUAUUCGUCUGGAGAAUCUAGGAGAUCUCAGCGUGCAACUACGAGAGAGACAUUGGCGAAUAUUCAGCCUGUCCGGGACUUUGGAGACUGUUCGUGGUAGAGGUGUCGUAGGUCAGGAACCUGUUCUUUCAAAAACUCUUCCAGCUUUUCAAUACAGCAGUCACGUGAGUCUGCAAGCACCCAGUGGUCACAUGUGGGGAACAUUCAGAAUGGAGAGAGAAGACGGUUACACGUUUGACUGUAGAAUCCCUCCAUUUUCUCUAGAGUCUAAAGUCGACGAACCCACGACACCCAAUGCUGAGUCUUAAUAAACAAGAGUGAAAAUUAAAAAUAGACAAGAGACAAGACAAAAAAUACAUUAAAUCCAUUGUGACUCAUUCUGAAUCUGUAAAUAAAAUAUAUUUAUCAUUGAAGUAUUGUUACUAAACUGUAGAAUUUUAGUACUGAAGGAAUAAACCAGUAAGAUUGCGCAUA